AUGUCAAGCGCUCCAGUCGAGAACAACGAGGUGCCACCUGCGAGCCAGGAGGUCCAGAAGACCAAUGAAGAGGAAGAAGAGGUCAAUCCAGAACCGCAAGAGGCCAAGAUGCCCACGCGCAAGGAUGUCUCGCUGAAGGAGUUCCUUAACAAGAUGGAUGACUAUGCGCCUAUCAUCCCCGACGCAGUUACCAAUUUCUAUCUCGCCAAAGCAGGUCUCCCUCCACCGCCACAGACGGACCAGCGUCUCGCUCGCCUGCUUGCACUGGCAACUCAGAAGUUUGUCGCCGACAUUGCUGCCGAUGCAUAUCAGUACAGCCGCAUCCGCGCCUCUAAUACAAGCGCCAACAACCCCAUGGGCAACCUUGGUGCUGCAGCUGGCAUCCCCAUUCCCGGCCAGGCGCAGCCAAACGCAAAGGACCAGGGCCGCGGCGGGCCCUUGGGAGUGCAACGCGCCGGCUACGGCGGUGGCGGGCAGGGCGGCAGCCAGAACCGCACGGUGCUCACCAUGGAAGACCUAGGUAUGGCAGUUGGCGAGUACGGAGUCAACGUCAAGCGGAGCGAGUUCUACCGGUAA